GGGGGUGGUGAUAUCGGAGGGCUUGGGACGCCGGCAGCCCGGUUGGGGCUCAGUCGGGCGGCAGCUGGAGCUGACCGGAGUCGGGGCAGAGCUGCUGCCCGUGCGACCCAGGGCAGGUGUGUGUAUUCAGCGUUGGAAAGGAUGCCAGCCCCAGAGACCACUUAUGAAAGAGUCGUGUACAAAAAUCCCUCCGAGUACCACUACAUGAAAGUCUGCCUAGAAUUUCAGGAACGCGGAGUUGGACUGAAUGCCGCGCAGUUCAAACAGCUGCUGGUCUCAGCCCUGAAGGACUUGUUUGGGGAGGUCGGUGCGGCCUCGCCCGUGGAUGUCCUAACCUAUGAAGAAAAGACCUUGCUGGCUGUCUUGAGAGUGCGUAGCAGUGAUCUUGUAAAACUGUGGAGCUCUUUGACCAUGUUGGGAUCCUAUAGAAGCAGGAAGUGUGCCUUUCGCGUGAUGCAGGUUUCUCCAUUUCUGCUGGCCUUAUCUGGUAAUAGUAGGGAGCUAGUAUUGGACUGAACUGUCAAGUGCAAACACUUUUCUUCCC